AUGCAGUCACUGGAUCUUACAAUCUCCAGUUCACUGGAGAUGGCGUACAAUAAAGAAUGUGAGCUAUACAUGGUUAACGAUCCUGGCAAACGAAUAAGCCAGUACGAGGAAUACUGGGAAAAAGAUGGCCUGGUUGACGACGUACUGCAGCAACUUGUAAUCGAUCUUGGAGGAGAAGAGUCAUCCGACAGCGAGAUCGAAAGUGAAGAAGAAGACAAUUUAGACCAUGAUAUUGUACCAAUUAUUUAUAGUGAAGAUAAAUUUUGA